AUGACUAAGCUGUUGAUUGCUAAUGGUGCAGAUAUUAAUAAAAAAAUACUUAAAGGGUCGGUGCUUCAUAUCGCAGUAAGCAAAAAUUUGGAAGAGAUGACCGAAUUUCUAUUAAUGAAUGGCACUAAUCAUACAAUUGCUGAUAUGAACAAUAAAAUUCCCCUUAGCUAUGCGAUUCAAAACAGAAAUGUGGAUAUAUCAAAACUAUUAAUUUUGCAUGGUUCUGAUGUUAAUUUCAAAGAUUCCGAUAUGAAAUCUUUGAUCCAUUAUGCAACAUUAGAUAAUAGUCAAAAAAUUGUUGAACUUUUAAUUUUAUUCGGAGCUAAUGUCAAUGCAACAGAUAGAAUGAAUAAUACGGCACUUCAUUAUGCAGUUAUGCAGGGCAAUAAAGAUAUUAUAAAGAUUCUAAAUAUUUAUGGUGCAAAUCCCAAUAUCAAAAAUAUUGAUGGGUAUUAUCCCAUUCAUUUAGCAACAAAAGUAAAUAAUGAAGAAGUAUUGGAAUCUCUUCUUUCAAAUAAUAUGAAAUAUCAACUUGAUAUUGAUUCAAUACGCAAAGAUGGUCUGACUUCUCUCCAUAUGGCAGUAAUUCAAAAUUCAUGUGAAAUUGUUAAAUUUCUUAUUUUGCAUGGAGCCAAUUUAAAUGUAAAAGAUAAGGAAAAUUAUACCCCAUUUCAAAAUGCAAUAAGAAAUUAUUAUAAAGAAAUUAUCAAAAUUUUCAUAUUAUAUGGAGAAAAUGUAAACACAAGCGUAGAAAAUGGAUUAACAGCUCUUCAUUCUGCAAUAUCUUAUGGUGAUAAAGAAAUGGUGGAGUUUCUCAUUUCACAUGGAAUUGAUAUCAAUUGUAGACUUGAAACAAAUGGUUGCUCAGUUCUUCAUUUCUCGUUAAUGUUAGAACCAUCUUUGGAUAGUCAGGAAAUUUUUGAGUUUCUCAUUAAUAAUGGUGCUGAUAUCAAUGCAAAAGAUAUUAAUGAAAAAUCAAUACUUCAUUAUGCCAUUAAGUAUAAUGACAUUAAAGCGGUAGAAUUUCUUAUUUCAUAUGAUGUGAAUACCACUGAUAAAAAAGGGCAAACAGCUCUCCAUUAUGCAAUAAUCAAGUAUCGUAUUGAACUCAUCAAUUUUCUUGUUACGCAUGGUUCGGAUAUCGAUGCCAAAGAUAUCAAUGGAAGAACACCUCUUCAUAUUGCAGUACAGCAUAAUCGUAAAAAGAUUGUUAGGUUUCUCAUCUCAAAGGGUGCAGAUCCUGAUAUCAAAGAUGAAUAUGGAAAAACGCCCCUUUGCAUUGCAAUUGAAAAUAAUUAUAAUAAUAUUGUUAGUCUACUUAUUUCAUAUGAUAAAUAUGUCUAA